UGUGUGUGUGUGUGUGUGUGUGUGAGAGAGAGAGAGAGAAUUAGGAGGGGUUGUUCAUUACUAUCCAAUCUCUUUCAGAACAAGAACGUGAUGACAAACUAUUGCUGAAGAAAAUUAAAUUAUUAAGAAGCAGUAUCACUACAGUCUUUUGGGGCUUUGAGAACCUCUGUAACUUCUCGGUUCUGUUGAAAAUUUCCUUAUAUGAGAAUAUACUGGAGAAAAAUGAGGGCAGAGAAUGAGCAACCAAUAAGCAGAGAGAGGGAGAGUCCAUAGACAUCAGAAACCAGUAGGUUUUACCAGAGUUGUUAGCUGUCAGAGAUGUUAAUGCAUUGAAAUCACAGUGGGUGUGUGGGGAAGCUGAGAGCCACCAAGGGACGUGUAUAUCAAGAUACCCUGCAUCUAAACUGGUAAACAGACUCUCUAAUAACUAUCUGGUUCAGCAUACUUUGUAUCAAAUAGACACCAUUAUUGACCAGCUUACAUUUUUUUAUUACCCAGUGAAUUACUUUACACACAUGGCUCAAAAAGAUCAUUUUCAGCUGUGCCUUGGCUCAUUUGUAAAUCUUUGGUCACACAUUUUUAGAUUCAACUGCUUUCCCCCUUCCCUUCCUACAUUAUCCUCUUCCAUCCUCCAGCCACCUGACUCUCAGGUUACCAGCUUGGAGUAUAGCAAUAGAGUGUGCAACUGUGACAAUUGCUAGAAGUGGGUUACGCAGGUGGUGGCUAAACAAUAACCCAUCAAAGACUAAAGUUAGUAGAAGAGAGAGGGGAAGAUAGAUACCAGGUUUCCGGUUAGAGGGGAAAUACAUCCUGCGUGGUAGUAAUCACAACCAUUCAAGCUUUAUGUCUCAAGAACAGUCACCCGUACCUGCACAGUCUCCUCCCCUGUCUUAUAACUGGACCAGCAGUUAAAUAGCUGUAAAGCACUGUCUCUCUGUCUCAUUUUUCCCUGAGCUCCAACAGCAGUAGUAGCAAUAGCAGCUGUAGAAGCUGCAGCCAGAGAUAGGCAGGGCUGUUGCUUGCAGCCUUGCAAAUUGCCUCCCCCUCACCACACACACUCACACACUUCCAAUAUCAACGCAUCUUCAUACAAAUCAAGGAUUAAGAGAGGUGACAGUGACUGAUGUCAUGGACAACAGGUAUUUAAUCUCUGACAAAUUCAGUUUCCUUUUGAUGCUUAUUGGUAUUGAGAAAAACAAUCAUUUGUGAUACCUAGCUUCAGUGAGAAACUGGAGGUGGCCGCGGUUGAAGGGUGAGGGGCGGUGAUGUGGGAGGAGUAAGAGGUGGGGAAGGGGGGUGCCAAAGAUGACUUUCAGCCUCCGGAAACCCCCGUCCUUCAGCCUCCGUGGUUUUUGAGUUGCAAAUUAUCAGGGUCUGGCGGACUGCAGGCUGCCUGUGUUGUUCACUGGAAGUAGAUUUCCAUCUCUCAGACACUAUUUAGGAUGGGCCGUGUGUUCUGGAAGGGGGUGGAAGUAGGGAGGAGGAGAUGCUGUGAGCAGAGUUCUUGAAGCUCCACUCCUCGGGGGAAGCCGAGCUGCGAGCCAGCCUUACUGAGCGGAGAGCGUGUGAAUUGGAAGGGAUCCUGAGCUGGCUGGUCCCAGUGCCUCUCCGGAAAAGCAGUUGCUCUCGCUUCAGAGAUGCACCCAGCCUUCACCUGCAUCACACUGCAUGCUUUAAUACAUUAUUGAAACCACAAGCUCACAUCCACAGCGGUUUCAUGUUGACUGAUUGCAUAUUUUGAGAGCUUGAAGUAUUUUAUCAUGAAACAUGCCAUGUGGAAUCUUUGAAGUGUAGAGUUCUGCUAAACACCUGAAAAAAGAAUCCCUCACCUGGCAUAUAAGAGAGUUCCUCACCAUCACGAUGACAAACCAGGAAAAGUGGGCCCACCUCAGCCCCUCAGAAUUUUCACAACUUCAGAAAUAUGCUGAGUAUUCUACAAAGAAAUUAAAGGAUGUUCUUGAAGAAUUCCAUGGUAAUGGUGUGCUUGCAAAGUAUAAUCCUGAAGGGACAAUAGAUUUUGAAGGUUUCAAGCUAUUCAUGAAGACAUUCCUGGAAGCUGAGCUUCCCGAUGAUUUCACAGCUCACCUUUUCAUGUCAUUUAGCAACAAGUUCCCUCAUUCUAGUCCAAUGGUAAAAAGUAAGCCUGCUCUCCUUUCAGGUGGUUUGAGAAUGAGUAAAGGUGCCAUCACUCCUCCCCGCACUUCUCCUGCAAAUACGAGUUCCCCAGAAGUAAUCCACUUGAAGGAUAUUGUCUGCUACCUAUCUCUCCUUGAAAGAGGAAGGCCUGAGGAUAAACUUGAGUUUAUGUUUCGCCUUUAUGACACGGAUGGGAAUGGCUUCCUGGACAGCUCGGAGCUAGAAAAUAUCAUCAGUCAGAUGAUGCAUGUUGCAGAGUACCUUGAAUGGGAUGUCACUGAACUUAAUCCAAUCCUCCAUGAAAUGAUGGAAGAGAUCGACUAUGAUCAUGAUGGAACUGUUUCUCUAGAGGAAUGGAUCCAAGGAGGAAUGACAACAAUUCCACUUCUUGUGCUCCUGGGCUUGGAGAAUAACGUGAAGGAUGAUGGGCAGCAUGUGUGGCGACUCAAGCACUUUAACAAACCUGCCUACUGCAAUCUCUGUCUGAACAUGCUGAUUGGCGUGGGGAAGCAGGGCCUCUGUUGCUCCUUUUGCAAGUACACAGUCCACGAACGCUGUGUAGCUAGAGCGCCUCCCUCUUGCAUCAAGACCUAUGUGAAAUCCAAGAAAAACACCGACGUUAUGCACCAUUACUGGGUAGAAGGCAACUGCCCAGCCAAAUGCGACAAGUGCCACAAAACGGUUAAAUGUUACCAGGGCCUGACAGGACUGCAUUGUGUUUGGUGUCAGAUCACACUGCAUAAUAAGUGUGCUUCUCAUCUAAAACCUGAAUGUGACUGUGGACCUUUGAAGGACCAUAUUUUACCACCCACAACAAUCUGUCCAGUGGUACUGGAAAGACAAGCAACAGUGAAAAAGGAAAAGGGUGGCUCCCAGCAACCCAACAAAGUGACUGACAAGAACAAAAUGCAAAGAGCCAACUCUGUCACUGUGGAUGGGCAAGGCCUUCAGAUCACUCCUGUUCCUGGCACUCAUCCACUUUUAGUUUUUGUGAACCCCAAAAGUGGCGGGAAGCAAGGAGAACGAAUAUACAGAAAAUUCCAGUAUCUACUAAAUCCCCGUCAGGUAUACAGUCUUGCUGCAAAUGGACCAAUGCCAGGGUUAAAUUUUUUCCGCGACGUUUCUGACUUCCGGGUUUUGGCCUGCGGUGGAGAUGGAACUGUGGGAUGGAUUUUGGAUUGCAUAGAAAAGGCCAAUGUAGUCAAGCAUCCUCCUGUCGCUAUUCUGCCUCUUGGGACUGGCAAUGAUCUAGCAAGAUGCCUGCGAUGGGGAGGAGGUUAUGAAGGUGAGAAUCUGAUGAAAAUCCUAAAAGACAUUGAAAACAGUACAGAAAUCAUGUUGGACAGGUGGAAGUUUGAAGUUAUACCUAAUGACAAAGAUGAGAAGGGAGACCCAGUGCCUUACAGCAUCAUCAAUAAUUACUUUUCCAUUGGCGUGGAUGCCUCCAUUGCACACAGAUUCCACAUCAUGAGAGAAAAACACCCAGAGAAGUUCAACAGUAGGUAAGGUACCCCAAAUGAUGACGGUGUAAUUAUGGUUGCUCUUGAUAAACUAUGUCAUGGUACAAAACAUUUUACUAAUUAAUAACUGAUUGAGCCUCCGUGUGUAUAUAAAUAUAAAAAAGAGGGUGUGGGUGAAUAUAAUUUUUCCUCUUAAGUUGUAAUGGGGCAGUAAUGAAAAAUAAAUGUGGUCAGCUCUAUUCUGUUCUCAUGUUCUGAAAAUAAAGAUAUCAAGUGUAAGGUGAAAACAAUAGUUUAUUAAGACUUACUGGAAGUGUUUACAUGACUUGCUAUUUGAGGGAUGGUCAUCCUCAAUCCCUAGGAAAAAUAUGGAGCUCUUUUUUUUAUCUGAUAAGGCUGUGUAACUAUAAAUUACAUAGUUAUCAUAAAAGGCUUCUAACCUUUGGAAUAUCAGUUGCACAUAGAACUCGAUCAAAUGCAAAGUUAAACCAGAGAAGCAUUUACUAUUGUUUAAAGACAUUUCAUGCAAGGAGAAAAUGCUAUUCAACAAAAAUUAGCCUUUCUAUCAUAGCAAUAGGGAAACAUUUAUUCCUCCAAAUAAAGGCAGGCAUUGACCCUUUCAGUUAUUCAGUCAAUCAAGAAAAAGGAGAAAUAGGGAAAGCCUUGGCUCUGUAUAUUCCCUGUUUCUAGAAGGAAAAAUAUUUAUCUCCUCUGCCUUUACCCCCAGAAAAACAGGGCAGAACAAGUGAAUCAUCUCUUGCUUCAAUUAUAUUCACUUCUACCCUGUUCAUUUCAUGAAGUCAC